UCUGGUUCUAAGUUUUCUGUGUAUAAUUAGGGUUUAAAAGGGGUUUUGUAAUCUUCUCGUCCUUUGGGUAUUUUUCUGUUGAAAGGAAGAAGCCGAUGAUGAUAAUGGAGGAAGGCAGUGUUGCAGCUGGGAAGAGGAAAAGACAUCCAGGUAAAGGGAAAGGUAACAAAGCCAAUAAUAAGAAGCUUAAGAUGUUGGAGGGUAAAGGAAAAAAGUUCCGAGUAAGUAAAAAAAUGAGAAAUCUGUUUGAAAAACGAGCCCGUGACUACAAUUCUGAUGACGAAGACGAGGAGGAGGAAAAGGAAAACACGGCGGCGGAGGCAGUUCCUAAUUAUACCCGGAGGGGCGGUGGUGGAGAUGAUUCUGAAGGAAGUGAUGAUUCUGGAGGAGAACAAGAAGAAGAAGGAGAUGACAUUCAAUCUGGGAUUAUGAAGUUUACCGAAGGUGUUAGGGCAUUCAGGUUGGCAUUUAAGAACAUUAUAAAGAAGAAUGUUGCUAAUGAUUCCUUGGGUCCCGUAUUAUCCGGGCAUAAGCAACUUAUUGCAAAGAAGUUAGCUGAAGAGGAAGCUGAAAGGAAAGUUAAGGGAGAAGCUAAGAAAGAAAAACAUUUGAUUGCAGACAAGGGACAUGUGAAGCCUGUGAAUUACUUGGAUUCACAUGAAAAGUUUCUAAUUGGUAUUGCCACGAAAGGAGUGGUGAAGUUAUUCAAUGCUGUGAACAAAGCACAAAAGGCUCAGAAAGGAUUGGACCCUUCAAAGUCUAAAGAUGCAAAAGUGAUAAGAAAACGAAGGAAAGAAGCCUUCUUUUCAGAGCUAGGAAAGACGUCAUUGCCUGCACGCGAAUGCAAGAGUAAUACAUCAUCUGAUCCUAUGAAUGAUGAAGGACCUGCUUGGGCCCCAUUGCGUGAUAAUUACAUGCUAACAAAUCCUAAGUUGAAGGACUGGGAUAAAAUGGCGGACUCGACAAUAGUUGAGGAUGUUGGAAGGAUGUCUGAAGAUAGUGGUUCAGACGAUGGUUGAAGUCCUUUGUUCUUCUUGGGCAUGGUAUAACUGCCAAACCUGAUUUUACUUCUUUUUACAUCCUUCCAAUUUAGCACAGUGGUCCUUUUAGCGUUAUUAAUAGUUCAACCAAGAGUAAUGGUUGUUCUCCGUACUAUCUUUAUUCUUUAACUCUGUAUUGUUGAUGCAUGAAAUGAAAAUGUUGGAUCAUAGUCGGCUUAUGAAU